AUGUAAACUAAAAUAAUGGCUCAUACUUGUCAACAAAAGACGAUGAGUUCCUCCUAUAAAUUACAAGGAGAGGAUGAGUUGGAAAUCACAGAUCAAACAUUUUCCUACAUGAGUAAUAUUCAAGAAAUGGAAAUGAUGUUGAUGAUCUCUUUGUGCUUAACGACCCUCUUAACCCUUCUAUUGCUUAGAAAAUUCCUCAAACGAACCGCAACCAAAGUGAACCGACCACCAUCUCCAUGGCGACUACCGUUGAUUGGAAACCUCCACCAGCUCAGCCUCCACCCUCACCGUGCCCUCAAAUCCCUCAGCCUCCGGUAUGGACCACUCAUGCUCCUUCAUUUUGGUCGUGCCCCCAUACUCGUAGUCUCCUCCAGCGAAGCAGCCCAGGAGAUAUUGAAAACACACGAUCUUAAGUUUGCCAACCGACCUAAGUCAAAAGCCGUUAAUGGGCUUUUUAACGGUGGUCGUGAUGUGGUGUUUGGUCCCUAUGGAGAAUAUUGGAGACAGAUGAAGAGUGUAUGCAUUCUGAAUCUGCUCACCAACAAAAUGGUUGCGUCAUUUGAGACGGUACGAGAAGAGGAGUUAAAGGAUAUGUUGAAGAAGCUAGAGAAAGCAAGUGCGUCUUCUUCAUCAGAAAAUCUGAGCGAAAUCUUUAUUGCUGUAACAAGCGAUGUUACAAGUAGAGUUGCCUUGGGAAGGAAACAUAGCGCGGACGAAACUGCAAGGGCUCUCAAAAAGCGAGUGAGGCAGAUCAUGGAGCUUUUAGGCGAGUUCCCGAUCGGGGACUAUAUCCCGGAAUUGGCAUGGAUAGAUAGGAUCAACGGUUUCAAUAAUAGAAUCAAGGAAGUGAGUCAAGGUUUUAGCGAUCUUAUGGACAAAGUGAUACAAGAACAUGUAGAGGCAGGUAAUCAUAAAGAGGAUUUCGUCGAUAUACUCUUAUCAAUCGAAAGCGAGAAGAGUAUUGGAUUAAAAGCUCAAAGAGACGACAUCAAAUUUAUGAUCUUGGAUAUGUUUAUAGGAGGGACGUCAACAAGUUCAACUCUACUUGAAUGGAUAAUGACGGAGCUGAUCAGAAAUCCAGAGUGUAUGAAGAAACUUCAAGACGAGAUUCGGUCAACCAUGACGCCAAAUACUACAUACGUGAAGGAAAAAGAAGUUGCGCAUAUGAAAUACCUAAACGCCGUGGUUAAAGAGGUGCUCAGGGUUCAUCCUCCUCUGCCUCUGAUACUUCCAAGACUAUUAAGUGAAGAUGUCAAAGUGAAGGGAUAUGACAUUGCCGCAGGGACAGAGGUGAUCAUCAAUGCUUGGGCAAUCCAAAGAGACACUGCGGUAUGGGGACCGGAUGCCGAAGAAUUUAAACCAGAGAGACACUUAAAUUCAGAUUUGGAUUAUCAUGGAAAAGACUUGAACUUCAUUCCAUUCGGAUCAGGGAGAAGGAUAUGUCCAGGAAUAGGACUUGCUUUGGGUUUGGUAGAGGUUACAGUGGCCAACCUUGUAGGCCGAUUUGACUGGAAGGUAGAGGCUGGUCCAAAUGGGGAUCAACCUGAUCUAGCUGAAUCCCAUGGUCUUGAUAUUUGCCGCAAGUUCCCUCUCAUUGCAUUUCCAUCUUCUGUUAUGUAAUAUGCUUUCUCUUUUGCCUUGUGCAAUUCAUGAAUACUUUAGAAGAGUUGGUAAGAAAAAAAAAUAACUCUUUCCUUUUGGAAAACCAAAAAUAUAUAUAUUCUACGAUUAAUAAACAUGUAUUUUGAUAA